AGCCACAGAGUUCAGUGUCCACACAGCCCUGAGCAGACAGGAUGUGGAGGGAGCCAUAGUGACCUCUGGAGCUGGAACAGCGCUGAUUAGGCAGACACUCGCUUGUGAUGUUGGGGCAGGAUUUGUCUCUGCGCUGCAGAGGACAGUAGUAACACAGCAGGCUGUCCAGGCCCAGAGCUGUGGUUAACAAGAUGGACAUCAGGAACCAUUGGGGCCCCAACAGAUGAACGUCCAGACUAAUGUAAAUCCACACACACAGAGUUAAACAGCAAUGCAAACCCUCUGAUUACCAAGCAGAAACAGCAGAGGGAGAGUUGUUGUGGGCUGUGUGAGGGGGAGGAAGGGAGGGACAGUGGCAAGUUUGAGGAAACACACAUGGGAAGCCUUCCAGAUCUUGUACAAAUCUAACGCGUUGUGGAUGGCUUCAGUCAAGGAGUCACCUCGUCGACACAGGAUGGGAGCUUUGAGGUUCUGCAUUAUUUCAUGAUAUGAAGUGAGGACAUGCUGAGAUACAGCAUCUAGGAGGACUUGUACAACUUCCUAGAAUGUGAUGGAAUUUCCUCAAAGCCAACGUGGAACAAUCCAGAGACAAGAUGCAAGCGCCACUGACCUCCCCAUGCCUCUUAGUGAGGAUCUUCAUGGAAUGCACCUUACUGAUUAUCUUAAAGAUAGUGAGACACACUUGUAUGAGGUCACUUGGGCUGGGCUCAUACCCCCAAGUGAAUCCCAACUCCAACCUCCAGGCCAUCUCUCAAGUCAUGGAGGAGAAGGCCCUCAGAACAUAGACCCCCAAAUCCCAAAUGGGCCUUCCCCAGUCCGUGGCCCUCAUCCUGCACCCAGAACCAGGCUUCCUAGUGCAUGUUUGCCAGCAAGGCAGAAGCAGGAACCCCCUCCUGUUCCCCCCAGGACACACGUACCCGUCAGAAACAGCAAAAUGACGUUUUCCUGUGACCUCGCUGAGCCCACUUACAAACUGAAUCGUUCCAGGACAGAAAUACACAAUCAUGAACCAUGGGCCAUCAAACUAAUAGACACUCCACAAGGCAGCACCAAGAGGCUGGCUUCUUUUUGUGAUGCAACUUCCAAGCUCAUGUCACGGUACAAGCACACAGACAGCGCUCAUAACUCAGGAGUUGUAUGGGGUCGAUUGUUACAAAUUCACCCUGCCCUACUGCAGCAGGUGGAGGUGGAUGUAAGUGUGGCCAUUGAGUGGGACAACAACCAUGUCCCUUUGCCCACCACAGUGAACAGGACAGUGCAGAGUCUGAUUGAUGAAAUCUUGCAGCUGUUGGACCUCACUUCUGGCACAAGUGGGAAUUAUGUUUUAAAACUGUGCGACUCUGAGGAGUAUCUCAAAAAUGAAGAACUGCUUGGUAUGCAUGAGACCAUUCAAAUCUACUACAAGCUUAAUCUAGUUGUCCCCCUCCGACUGCUCCAAGUGAACAAACUCAAACACCGUCUGGCUAGGAAUGAGGAGGACGACAAAGCCCCAUGCCAACUGUACCAGCUCAUGCAUCCUGUCUGUGUCUUCAGCCCCUGCAAGUUGAGCCUGCAAGAUGUGCUCAAUACCUACAACAGAGAGGUGAUGGAGCUAAUGAGAAACAAGUCUGGGAUGAACGUUAACGUGCUUGUGGACUGUGUUCGCACCAUCAGCAAUCUUCUGUGUGGGCUCUCAUGUCAGGAGUUGGAGGACACAAUUGGCAGGCUCAACAGAAUAAAUCCCAUAACUCUGAGUCAUGAUGAGGUGUCUGACUGUGAAACUGCCUUGAUGAUGCUUCAAAGGGCGAUACUAAAAGUGCUGCAGAUGUUUUUUGACAACUUCCAGUCUGACUUCAGAGGUCAGGAGGUAACCAGCAACCUGCAAACCAAUGAUGUUGAGAAGAACACUGAAAUCCUCCAAUUCAAUAUUUCUGCUCUCUAUCAACUACCACCCAGCUGGAUGACCAAUUUUGAGUGCUUCUCUAUUUCCUGUGAGUUGUCGUAUGGAGGAAGAAAGAUCUGUGACACUGGCAUUUCUGAAAACAUCAGCACUGCCUUGUCAUACGGAAACAAGAUCCAGUGUAACCGCAUAAUGGUUUUUCCUGUUCCAGUAAAUGAGCUGCCAUAUGAGUGCAUGUUGACAUUUUGCCUCAAGGGCUCCAAACGAGGCAAGAGCCCAGAGCUCUUAGGCUGGGCUGUACUACCUCUGUACAGUGACGGGACUCUGGUGACGGGGAUUGUUCUGCUCAGUAUGUCCACACUAGCUGAGCUGCCUGCUCCUCCCUCCCCUGCCUUGUUUGACAGCCACACACAAGCCAUUGGGGUCAUACUGCAGCUCCAGUUUCAGGAUCAGGUUGAGUGGAAGUGUGUAAGGCCCUGUGCGCUCCCCGGUUCAAUCAUAUUUACUCAGCCUUGUGAGGAAUUACAAAAGAAAAUGUUGGACGUCUCUAAGAAGCACUGCCUCUGCUUUCUAACAGAAAAUGAGAAGGCUUUCCUCUGGAGUAAGCGAUACUCCAGUGACAAAGGAAGCACUUUCCUCCACCUGCUGCUGGGUGGAGCCCCCCGGUGGCAGCCUGAAGACCUGACAGAAAUUUAUACUGUUGUAGAGAACUGGCUCAUCCAUCUACCUGAGGAGGCCCUCUUCCUGCUCAGUGACAAUUUUCAUGAUCAGACUGUGCGGAGGGCUGCAGUUCACUACUUUGAACAGAUUCCCGAUGAAGAAUUAGAGGUGUUUCUGCCACAAUUGGUCCAGGCUCUGAAGAGUGAGUGGGAACUGAAUGGACCUCUGGUGAUGCUGCUGUUGGAGAGGUCACUGAAGAACAUACGGAUUGCCCAGCAACUCUACUGGCUGCUGAAGGAUGCCCACAAUGACCCCUACUACCAGAGUUGGUUCAGUAAGGUUGAGGCUGCACUGUGGCAUUGUUGUGGCCGGGAACUGCGGCAGGAGCUGGAGAACGAAACCCGCCUGGUGUCUGUGCUUGUAGAGGUGGCUGAGAGUGUUUGCACUGCCGAAAAGGCUCGACGCAAGAGCGUUUUGAAGAAAGAAAAGUGGAAGAUUGAUCACUUCUUCAGAGAUGGGAUCAGCUGUUGUCUGCCACUGGAUGCUGCAGUCCGUGUAAAGGCCUUGGACAUGGGUGCCUGUAAGUUCUACAGCUCCAAUGCUGCUCCUCUGGGGAUCUCUUUCAUCUGCUCUGAUCCUCUGGCCAAGAACGUCAGCGUCAUCUGCAAGACAGGAGAUAACCUGUGUCAGGACAUGCUGGUUCUUCAGAUAGUCCGUGUGAUGGACAUGGUUUGGCUCCAGGAGGGGCUGGACCUGCAAAUGAUCACCUACAGGUGUCUAUCUACUGGCAAAGCUCAGGGCCUGGUGGAAGUGGUUCCAGAGGCAGUGACGCUAGGGAAUAUUCAUCAGGAGUGGGGUCUGGGUGGCACCCUUCGAGAAGACACACUAGAGAAAUGGUUCCACAUGUGGAACAAAACUAAGGAGGACUAUGAGAAGGCUGUGAUGAACUUCAUCCACUCAUGUGCAGGGUGGUGUGUGGCCACCUUCAUCUUAGGUAUCUGUGAUCGCCACAAUGACAACAUCAUGUUGAAACACAGUGGACACAUGUUUCACAUCGACUUUGGCAAGAUUAUGGGCAAUGCACAGAAGUUUGGAAGCUUUAAAAGGGACCGAUCACCAUUCAUCUUUACAUCUGAGAUGCAGCACUUCAUCACAGGCGGGGGACAGAAGCCUCAGCGCUUGCAUCGCUUUGUGGAGCUCUGCUGUGAAGCUUACAACAUAAUCAGAAAGCGCUCUGCACUGAUACUCAGCUUGUUGGAGCUGAUGCUACGAGCAGGAAUGCCUGAACUGAAGGACUCAAAUGACCUGCAGUAUGUCCAGAACAACCUCAGACCCCAUGACACAGACCUGGAGGCCACAUCUUACUUUACAAAGAAGAUCAAGGAAAGCAUGGGCUGUUUUGCAGUAGAACAAAGAUCCAUGAAAAUCUUUACACAUAGCAUGGCUAUGGGGAAGAGACCACAAUCACUAACCCAGGACGAGAUCCCCGCUCCCAGCACCAACAUCCAAGAAGCUGUCAUCCUGAGCUACAACAUCAAAGGAAAAGAUGUGAUCUAUGACCUGAGGGUAACCAUUCAUGAUGGUUUUCUGAACAGUGAGAUGACAUAUGGGCAGUUUGAGUUGAUCCAUAAGCACCUGCAGAAAUACUUCAUGGAAUCCAAGCUGCCUCAGUUUCCUAGCUGGUAUAAGCUGUCAUUUACCCCAAGCAGGAGGAUGUCUCGGCUAAAUAAAUACCUAAAACAGCUUUUUGAGGGACCGUGCAAGGGAAAUGAAUAUGUGUGCAGCUUGUUCCUGGAUGGACCCAGUACAGUCCAAGACAGUGUGGUGGCAGGAGCCUGUCCUCAGAUCCAGCUCUGCAUUUCCUACUCUGACUGUAAGCUCUCAGUCUUGGUAAAACACCUGAAGAACAUUAAGCAGGCAAAUGGCUCCAACCCUGACGCCUACGUGGUCACAUGUCUGAGGCCAGACCCUCAGCAGCGAUCUAAAAAGAAGACAAAGGUGGUCCGAAAUAAUGACAACCCCACCUUCAAUGAACUGCUGGAGUACAAUGAUGUCCCACUGAUAUAUGGGAUGGUGCUGGAAGUGACAGUGAAGAGCAAGAAGACUUUCGUGGCUGCAACAAACAUUAAACUGGAUGAGGAGUUGCUUGACAAGGAGACCUGGUUUCCCCUUGGGAACUGUACAAUCUGAUCUCAGAGCUGCGCUGUAGUCCUGUGGCCAACAGGGGGAGCCUCCACAUUGAGGAAAAGAAUUAAUCCAAAGAUUUCGAAGACUGACUAAGUGAGGAAAAAGUUGCCUGAGCAGAGGAACUGUCCCCUCUCAUUUAUACUUAACCUCACUCCAGAGAUAAAUACUGCCAGUGAAUGGGGUAUUUGGAUGAAGUUACAAGUGAGUGAAAGAAUCAGGGAAAGAGACUGUUUACUGUGUGUUUAUUUUUUAAAUGUAAAUAAAAUGAAGGACAUUUGCUAAUUAGUUAGUUUUUGGAUGUGGCUUUGGAAAUGGAUGAAGGAAAGAAAUUAUUCCAUUUAUUAUUAUACUUGCACUUUAAUUUGUACUUUAACGUUGUUAUUUUUUUUCACUGAGUCAAAACCAUCAAAAUGUGUGUGGCGACUGCCGAUGUGACAGAUUAAAGAGGAGGUGAUGCGGUUCUGUUAGGAGCUGCCUGCCUGAUACCUGCUCAGACUGAGUGUGUUUGUCCCUUUGGGCUGUGUCAACUGGAUGUCCUUGACCAGUGGAAUUGGAGGUGGGAGACAGGAGGGAGCUGGGAGAGGGGUGAGGGGAGUGUGUGUGAUCAGGAUGACAACUCUCUGGCCUGAGGGGCAGAGUUAACACUCUCCCCCUCACUCCAUCCGUUGUCUUAUCCAUCAGCAGCAUUCAAACACAGUUAUGCACAUGCAUACACAAACAUGCAAUGGUAGACAUUCGCAUGUCCAUACAAAUACCCCUGAAAAAGAACCUACACAAAUACUCACACGCUCACAUGCUCUUUCCAGGCCAAGGCAGGUCUUCAUGUUAUCUUAAUGCCAUCCUCCUCCUGACAGGCCCGCUGACCCAUACUCUCCUCUGCCUCAUUCACAGGAUUUAGUGAUGAACGAGGAUAGAAAUAGACUGCCCCGAACUGGAUUUGGUUCAAUAAUGUAUACCUCUGUAAAUGCUAUUUAUAUUAUUCUGACUGGGUCUCUCAUAUGAAGCCAGGCUUGGAACAAAAUGCUGGCUUCUACUCUUUCAUAGUAGCAUUCAUGGAGUAUUAAUCAUUAAUCAGUUUCAGACCUAAUAGAAGAAUGACAUCUAUCAUAUUGGAAUAGAUGAUUAAUCCAAAAACAACACUGUCUUUUGUGGUGGGGUAAGAUCCUCUUGUGUGUUUAACUCUGACACAAUCAUAGCACUUGCGUCAAUUAUUGAUUCUAUGAUAAGAAUCUAAUAUUCUACUCCAGGCAUUUCUCCCCUGCUUGAGUGAUGCGAGUUGUUCUUCGUUAGUGUCUUUUCAGCCCUACUGGAACCUUCUGGUCUUUUCCUCUGUAGCAUACAGUGCAGGCAGUAGGGAAAAGGCACAUCUAUUUUCUGACAAUAAAACUGGUAUUUAUAUCUGAGGAAAUGGUGCUUUUGAUUUAUUUAUAUAUUUUUGUUGUUGUUGUUG